AUGCCGAAACGCAAGCUCGCCGAGCUCAACGGCCCCGCGCGGUCGAGCGACACCCGCAAAAUGUCGAUCCACGGCACCCGCUUGACGCAAAUGUUCGAGAACGGAGUGCAGGUCCUGAUUCGCGCGCUGAAGACGUCGCGCGGAUUUGAGCGACAGAAGCUCAGCCGGCGAGAGAAGACUGCGAAGUCGCAGAAGGACAUGAAGACAUUGGCGCGGUUGGCGGAGGAGAUUGAAGCUUUGAAGACACUCAACUACCACACCGUUUCCGAAAAAUACCUGUUCAAACAACUUAUCAAGACCAAGCGCAUUGCAGAGACGCGGACAUUUGGCGAGUUCCAGGAAGUCAAGAAAGUGCCACUGGAUGGACCGAAGAAUACCGCGGAGGCCAAUAUCCUCGCGCGCCUAUUCAAAUCUACACCCGUACAGAAGGAGAUGCCGGGCCUUAUGGCCGGUAUUCGGAAACUGCUGAGAGUGGACGAUGCGCCAGCUGGAAAGGAGGGCAAGCAGGAUGGCAAGAAGGAGGCCGCGCCGAAAAAGGUGCGAACAGAUGACAUAUCGGACUCGGAAUCUGAAGGAGCGACGUUAAAACCUCGGCGCGGCGAGCAGGACUCCCGUGACCUCGAGAUCUCUGAUGGAGAUGACUCUGGAAGCGAGGAUCUUUCACAAUUUAACUCGCGACUUGCUCCUGGUUCGGACUCUGAGGAUGAGGCCGAUGAGGAAUCCGGUGACAAUGAUGACGAUGAUAACGAAGAAGAGGAUUCCAACGUAGAUGACAUCUCCAACUCUAUCUCCCGGUCUCCAUCACCGGACUUCUCAACGGAGGGUUCUCCACCGCCCAAGAAAACAAAGGCAGCCAAGGGCUCGACUGCACCGGUGAAGGAUACAACAUUCCUUCCAUCUCUAAUGAUGGGCGGCUACUGGUCCGGUUCAGAAGAAGCCACGGACGAUGAGGAAACAUCUGGAAAGAAGCCCCAGCGCAAGAACCGCAUGGGCCAGCAGGCACGUCGGGCGUUGUGGGAGAAAAAGUUUGGCGCGGCAGCAAACCACGUCAAGAAUGAACAGAUGGCUCAGAAGUAUGGUGGCCGAGACAAUGGCUGGGAUACCAAGCGGGGAGCUACUGAUGGUGUGAGAGGAGGAAGAGGUGGUCGACGUGGUGGAUUUGGUGGUGGCUCAGGACGGUCUCAGAAUCGGCAUGAUGGGCAUGCUCCUGCAGGCAAGCCUAAGCCUGCGCCGAAGAAGGAUGAAGGUCCAUUGCAUCCUUCUUGGGAGGCCAAGCGGAAGGCCAAGGAGCAGGCUACUACCGCUGCGUUCGCAGGAAAGAAGGUUACGUUCGAUUAG